CCGAACAGCAAACCUCAUUUAUUACAGAAACACAAGGUGCAGGGUUUAUAGUGUGUGUUGAGUGAAUCUUCAAUCAGUUUCCUUUGAUCUCACACACUUUUGGUGUGUAAAUCUGUUUUAUCAGCCGGAUUCUGAGCGACGGUGCUUUUGAAAGAAAAUGUUGCUUGGGCAGUCUGAAAAGUUGCUAAAUUUAGCAACAAAACUGCUAAGUUGGCGACACGGGAGCGGCGGAACUAAAGAGCGCGGGGUGGUGUUUCCGAGGGACGCUUUCAGUGUAGCACCAGCGACCCGCCGGUUGUUUACAUUUGAACUUGCUGCACAUCUGCAGGAAAUCACAUGAUGAAAGCAUUGUGUGCGCAGAGAUGUCCACCCUGUUCCCGUCUCUGUUCCCGCGAGUGACCGAGUCUCUGUGGUUUAAUCUGGACCGGCCGUGUGUGGAUGAAGCUGAGCUGCACCAGCAGGAGCAACAGCACCAGACCUGGUUACAGAACAUCGCAGAGAAGGACAAUAACCUGAUGCCCAUCGGUCGGCCCAUCUUUGAGACCUUCGAUGAGGAAGAGGAGGAGGACGAUGAAGACGAGGAGGACAGCGAGGAAGACUCGGAAGACGACGAAGACAUGCAGGACAUGGACGACAUGAACAUCUACAACGAGUUUCCUGAUGAUGGAGAAAUUAAUGAGGUCGACAUGGAGGGAGCCGAUCAAGACCAGGACCAGUGGAUGAUCUAGACCAGAUCUAGACCAGUGUGUCAGUCAGACGCUCUCAGCUGUGUGUGUCAGUGUGGUUUUGCUGUUGCUUUUCAAAGGCUUUGUGCAUGAAGAACUACGAUGGACUGGAAAGAAACGUCUGUGUGCAGCUGGACUCACACACACACACACACACACACACACACACAGAUCACGAGACACUGAGUGUUCAGUGUUACUGUGUUUCUGAUAAAACCAGCACUUGUUGCAACAUGAACUUUUGUCACUUUUCAAGCUCGUAGAAACCAUACGGUGACUCUUUGGCCGAUCACGUUACUGAGUUACUCGCUGUUUCUGCAUGUCAUCAAACAUCUACUUUACAGCCCUGACUCUAAAUCACCACCGACGGCUGUUAUCAUGUGUGUUCACGAACCUUUGAAUGAACUGAGAGAUUAGGAACAGAUUUGAGCUGUUUGUAUCUCAAUACUUUGUGGUUGUAAAUAAAUUUGUAGUCAAUAAUUGUAUUACUUGUCAAUUUUCCAUCCCAUUUGAAUAGAAUCAGUUGUUUAUUUACAUCAUUCGAGACUUGAAGGCUCUUUUUUUUCCUCUGCAUCAUGACAAGUGAAACAGAUUAUCAAAAAGUAACAAAUGUAGAUGUGGGCGUGGCUCAAGUGUAUGCAGAUGAGGAUGAGUUUGUAGGGGCGGAGCUUAAUAAGACUUCAACAUUAUGUCAAACAAUUAAAAAAAACAUGCAGGGUUUAAUUGUUCACAAUAAGAUCUA